UACGCGCCACCCCCUACUUCCUUCAUUCCACCGUUAGAUUCCUUUAACGAAUCUUUUCUUUUGAUCUCGAAAGCAGCUUAAGAUUGUUUUCUUCCCAACAGCAGAUCUUUCUUGUUUCCAUUCCAAAGGGCUUUAUGACAGUUUCAGCACUUAAGUAAAAGCAUCAGCUGAACUAUUAUACUUUUUUAGUUUAGAAUGGAAGAUGGAUUUUCAAGCUUCUGGGGUCCUGUCACAUCCACGGACAGGUGUGAGAAAAACUAUGUUCACUCAUCUUACAUUGCGGAGUUUUUCAACACUAUAUCCAAUGCCCCAGGCAUUCUUCUGGCGCUCAUCGGGCUGAUAAAUGCCAUAAGACAACGAUUUGAGAAGAGAUUUAGCGUCCUUCACAUAUCUAACAUGAUACUCUCCAUUGGGAGCAUGAUAUACCACUCCACACUGCAACGCUUGCAACAGCAGGGUGAUGAAACUCCAAUGGUGUGGGAAAUGCUUCUAUAUUUUUACAUACUCUACUCGCCAGAUUGGCACUAUCGGAGUACAAUGCCUACUUUUCUGUUCAUUUAUGGGGUUGGAUAUGCAGUAGUCCACACUCUCUUACGUUUCGGAAUUGGCUUCAAGGUGCAUUAUGUCAUUCUUUGCCUUCUCUGCAUCCCUCGAAUGUACAAAUACUACAUCUACACGAAAGAUGCCACUGCAAAACGACUUGCAAAGCUAUAUAUUGCAACUUUGCUCCUGGGAAGUAUAUGUGGCCUUUCGGACCGGGUAUUCUGCAAGCAGAUAUCUCAAUGGUACUUCAACCCUCAGGGUCAUGCACUAUGGCAUGUCUUCAUGGGCUUCAAUUCGUAUUUUGCCAACACAUUCCUGAUGUUUUGCCGCGCACAGCAGCGAGAAUGGGAUCCGAAAAUCGCCCACUUCUUGGGUGUUCUCCCUUGUGUCAAGAUUCAAAAAUCAAAGAGCCAAUGAAAAAGCUUGCUUGCUGCACAAUCCAAAUUCCUUUUUACCCAGAAAAGAUGAAUGAAAGAAAGUUUUGUGAUUUAUCCCAUAUUUUAACAUUCAUAUUCUCUCUUAUUAGCUUUAAAACCCUUCUCUCAAAUCUUGAAUGACUUUCAUGGAUUUGAACACUUGGUUUUACAGAAACUAGUUUAAUGUAUUUGUGAGUGAUAGAAAUAGGGCAAAAAUUUUUGGGUUUUGAGGGCUCUU